UGGCGCAGGCGGUGCGGGCCCUGGCGGCGGGGACAGCAGGAGGGAGCGAAGCCUAAAAUUGAACCCGUUGCGUUCCAAGCAGAAUUAUUUGUGAAGGACAGAGCCGAGCAGUCACGCCCUGCGUUCUUUAUUCAGCCCGUCUGAAUCGAUUUCGUCGUUGCAGAAGCGGUGGAUUCACCGGUGCUUCACCCAAGUUCUGGCGGGGAUGAAGGACAAGAGUUCUCAGAAAGGAUGGGUAGAAAGGAGGAGUUUAUCUGGGUUUUUCCGCAGAGGGCGGACCCUGGGAGCGAGAGCUCUGUCGGGGUCCCGGUCUUCAACCCCGAAUGUCCCCGGAGCCCCGUGGACCUUGGGCCGACUCAAUCACGUGGCCAUCGCGGUCCCCGAUUUGGAGCAGGCCCGGUCGUUUUACAGGGACACGUUGGGGGCUCGGGUCAGCGAGGCGGCCCCGCUCCCCGAACACGGCGUCUCCGUGGUCUUCGUGGAGCUGGGGAACACCAAGCUGGAGCUGCUGCAUCCCCUGGGAAAGGACAGUCCAGUUGCGGGCUUUCUGCAGAAAAAUAAGGUCGGAGGAAUGCACCACGUCUGCAUCGAGGUGGAUGAUAUCGAAGGAGCCGUGGCAGAUCUGAAGAGAAAAAAGAUCCGCACGCUGAGCGAAGAGGCCAAAAUCGGGGCCCACGGAAAACCAGUGAUUUUUCUCCACCCUAAAGACUGUGGCGGGGUUCUUGUGGAACUUGAGCAGGCGUGAGAAAUGGUUGCCGAGACAAAAUAAAUUCAGUAGGCUCGAUGAGUGGUAGCAGAAUUAUAAAAUGACUUUCGGACAUUGAUAAAAGUCUCUUCAAAAUUACUUUCGGAAGCGCACCACGGGCAUUCUCUAGGUCGAAAGGAGAUUAAGAGAAAAACCACGUUAUCCGAUUUGCACUGAUUCCUCAUCGUUGGUAAAUUAUCGAUUACCCAAAUCUUAGGGCUUGCAAACAAUCUGUACCGCAAUAAACUAUUUUCCCUUCAA